AUGAAUCAGUUACAUGAACUACUCGGUGAAGCACUAUUAUCAACAAAACAUGUUCAACACUGCGCAAUAAUUCGAGUGAAAGAUGCCUCCUUGAGAGCAAGUUCCGUUGGGUUAACGCUGGAUAAUGACCAGAUAAAUCGCUUCGUGAUGGCCGUAAAAGACCCGGCUACUAGUCGUGAGGAAGGACUGAUGUAUGAUGGAAAAAAGUACAAAGUAGUUCGAGCUGAUAAGCAGUCCGUCUAUGCAAAAUAUGGUAAAGAGGGAAUCAUUAUAUCUAUUACUGCCAAUCUUAUGAUUUUAUCGAUCUAUAACGAUAGUAUGCAUUCAAGCAUAUGCGUAGAAGCCACCGAAAAGCUAGGUGAAUACUUUCGAGAGAAGGACAGAUAA